AGAACGGUUCACAUACCACUGAGAACCUGCUUUAUUGCGUUGUUUCAACCAGGGAGUUCAUUGGUUGCAUAGGCAGGGGUUGACACAACAAGACAGAGAAGUAGAGAGCCAUCCAAAUAACAAGCUUCAGAGGAAUAUAGCGACCGAAGAGAGGCUGCAAAGUGAAGAAGGGCGAUAAGGAUAAAAGCUUGAUAUAGCUAGAGUUAGCUUAGCGCCCAUGCUGACGUUACUAGCUAGCUACUGUACGUCGCAACGGCCCCAACGACCCCGCAGAGAAAAAGCAAAACAACAUCCAAAGGCGAUAGUCAGAAGGCAGGGCUUACAACUGUAUUUCAAUGCUAUUUUUAAGUAAAAGGAGGUUCGAGCAUGAUGUCCUGCUCUGGUAACCUGGUUUGGGAUGUUAACAAGCGCUCUAUUGGAUAUAAUGAACCGAAUGCUGUCAGGAUCAACUACUUAGGCAGAAGAGAAUUUGUCCAGCGGCUGAAACUCGAAGCGACACUGAAUGUCCACGAUGGCUGUGUCAAUACCAUAUCCUGGAACGAUACAGGGGAGUACAUCCUGUCAGGGUCAGACGAUACCAACCUGGUCAUCACAAACCCAUACAACAGAAAGGUUAAGGCAACCAUACGGUCGGGUCACCGGGCGAACAUCUUCAGUGCUAAGUUCAUGCCCCAGACCAGUGACCAGCAGAUCAUCUCGUGCUCUGGGGAUGGUAUCAUCUACUACACCCACACAGAGAAGAGCCCCGACAUCAACAGGCAGUGCCAGUUCACCUGCCACUACGGCACAGCCUAUGAGAUUAUGACGGUACCCAAUGACCCCUACACGUUCCUGUCGUGUGGGGAGGACGGCACCGUGCGCUGGUUCGACUUGCGCAUGAAGACCAGCUGCACUAAAGAGGACUGCAAAGACGACAUCUUGAUAAACUGUCGGCGGGCGGCAACGUCUAUCUCCAUCUGUCCGCUAGUGCCCUAUUACCUGGCGGUGGGCUGCUCCGACAGCUCAGUACGCAUCUACGACAGACGCAUGCUGGGCACCAGGGCUACGGGUAACUACAUGGGCCGUGGAACGACGGGCAUGUGUGUGCGCUUUGUCCCUGCCCACCUGUCCAACAAGUUAUGUCGCGUGACGUCGCUCUGCUACAGCGGGGACGGACAGGAGGUGCUGGUCAGCUACUCUUCAGACUACAUCUACCUGUUUGACCCCAAAAAUGACCAGGCCCGAGAGCUGAAGGGCCCAUCCGAGGAGAGGAGGGAGGAGCUGCGGCAACCCCCAGUGAAGCGUCUUCGUCUACGAGGUGACUGGUCUGACACUGGACCCCGUGCUCGCCCUGAGAGCGAGAGAGAGCGGGACGGAGAACAGAGCCAGAACGUAUCGCUGAUGCAGAGGAUGUCAGACAUGUUGUCCCGAUGGUUCGAGGAGGCCAGCGAGGCCCAGAGCAGCCGGGGGACCACGCGCUCUCAGACACGCCCAAGAGGCACUCUUCCCCGUAUAGAGGGGACUCUUACAACACCCACCAUCCCAACGCUCCCUACAAUACCCCCUCCACAACAAGCCAGAGCCCCAGAGGGCUCCAUGGAAACAGAGGCCCCAGCCGUCGCCUCUGUACCUGUACCCCUCCCCAAGUCCACCUCAGAGUCAUCGUCAACAGUUACAGCACCUCCCGCGUCAACCGGCUCGUCCAUGGAGGGCUCGGUGCUCCCCUCCUCCCUCCCCUCCUCCCUCACCUCCUCCCUAGACUUAGAACAGAGGAGUCAGGCAGACAUGGCUGUGACCCCCACGCCAACACCCACACCCACCACAGAGACUGCACUGUCUGAGUACGGCCCUAACCGGCUGCCGGUAAGUCUAGUGUGUAGGCGUUUGCAGCGGUUGCUCCUGUUGGCCGACCCCCCAGGACAGAGCCAAACCCUUUCCUCCACCGUAGCCACUGAGAUCCAAUCAAGGGGGGCUGCUGCUGUUGGCGCUGCCACCGAGACGCCCCCCCCUACAGAUUCUCCCUCAUCUGUGGUUAACAAACAGCUGGGAUCCAUGACUCUGGAUGAGCAGCAGGGAGCAUCAGAAGCUGUGAGUGUGGAGCGAAGUGCUGGAGCGAGUUCAAUCAAGGUGAAAACCCAGUCUGUAUCUGCCAGUGUAGCUGGAACCUCGACCGGGGCACCCAGUAGCAGUACUGGACCAGGAGGUAGCCGAACCAGCACAGCAGAACCAGUCCUGAGUUUACACUACAGCACUGAGGGAACCACCACCAGCACCAUCAAACUGGACUUCACUGACGAGUGGAGCAGCAGAGCCUCCAGUUCCAGGGGCAGUGGAGGGCCCAAACAGUCAGUGGCAGCAGGGGCCAUCCAGACCAGAGAGGGACCCUCGGCAGAGAGCUCUGCUUCAGCACAGGCAGCUGCGGCUGGUUUAGAGCCUUCAAGCCAGAGCAGGGUUGCUGCUCCCCACACAGACCCAGUGUGUGAGGCUGGGGGUGCCUCCGCCGCCUCUUCCAGCACCCAGGGAUACAUGCCCACCCAGGCCCCAGCACAAGUCUCCUCUGUGGGGGAGAGUUUGACUGCCUCGCCCCUGGAGAGGAACCAGGGUGUGGGUGCGGAGGACACCUCUGGGGGGUGCAGGAGAGAGCAGCCUGCUGGGGAGGGGGGGCAUGUGGGUCCAACAGGACCAGGGGGGCAGGGGGUUCCAACAGGACCGGGUGGGCAGAGCCAACCAUCCCGUAGCAACCAGGAUUCAGACGACAGUGAUGAUGACCCAAUUCUUAUCCCCUCAGCGAGGUACAGAGGAGGACAGGGACAGAGAUCAAAUUUCAGAGGAUCAGCAGUAGGCGAUAGGAUGAUCAGACGCUCUGCUGCGGCCCGUAUCCAGGAGUUGUUUCGUCGGAGGAAGGAGAGGAGAGAGAUGGAGGAGAGCGAGACCCAGAGUAUCAGGAGACCUUCAGUCAAAAUGGUCUACAAGGGUCACCGCAACUCCAGGACUAUGAUUAAGGAGUCGUGUUUCUGGGGAAACAACUUUGUGAUGAGCGGUUCAGACUGCGGACACAUCUUCAUCUGGGACAGACACACAGGGGAGCACCUGAUGCUACUGGAGGCCGACAAUCACGUAGUCAACUGCCUCCAGCCACACCCCUACGACCCCAUUCUUGCCUCGUCAGGGAUCGACUACGACAUCAAGAUCUGGUCACCUCUGGAGGUGUCGCCAUCGUUUAACAGAGUCCUAGCUGACGAGGUGAUCACGCGUAACGAGUUGAUGCUAGAGGAAACCAGGAACACCAUCACAGUCCCUGCAUCCUUCAUGCUGCGAAUGCUGGCCUCCCUUAAUCACAUAAGAACGGAUCGCUUGGAGGGCGACCGCUCAGAAGGUUCUGGACAGGAGAACGAGGAUGAGCAGUAGCUGCUCAGAUGCCAUUUUCUUUGAAAAAUAAAACAAAAACACUUUUCUUUUGCUCUAAAAAAGCACUUGAAGAUCUUGAGAUUUGUACAAGUAUUAUGUAGAAUAUUUCCUUUUCUGAGCGUUAGUUACAUUUGUAGCCCUCUUCUUUUUUAAGAUGACUUUCUUACUGGUGUGUCUGUAUGAGAACUGCAUUGAGAAAAAUAACUGUGUGAAUGCAAGCGCAAGGCCAGGCAAUAUAUAUAGAGGGGAAUAUUAUUUCGAUGACUGGUGCGUGAGGAUGUUUAAAGUGCAAUAUUAUUUUUGUCAGGAGCAAAUGAGCUUUGAUCAGUGUUACGGUGUGACAUGUCUUAUUUGUAGUGCAAGGCUGAGAACUCAUGUUUAUAUACUGUACUUGCAGUUGUGCAUGUAAACAUAAGAAUUAUGCUUUAAAUAAACCAUGUUGUUGUUGAAAAA